CAAAAGGCUGAAGUCCGCGGAGAGGUGGGAAGGGAAGCCGGCAGGUGCACCGGCAGUGGGGUGCAUCGCAGGGAAGGGGCUGGCUCUGGAGGCGGCGAUGACACAUGCGACCCCUGUGUCUGGAUGAGAGACCACAGGCAAACGCCUCUCAAGGCGCCUAGAUCUGCCUUUCCCGGUUUUUCUUCCUCCGCUUCCUAAGCUGGGGAUCGGAGCCUGUGUCCCGGGGAGGCGCCAGCCCCGCCCCGCCUGCAAACCUUCGGGAAGUGGGAGAUGGCUUGGGACCCCUCUCCCAGGUCUUCUGCCCUCUUGGACAGCUCGGGGCCCCAAAGGGCGGGACUCCGGGCGCUGGCGGGUCCUUUCCGCCCGCGCAGGGCCGGGCCCUCGCCCCAGCCAGGCUCCGCCUCCCACCCCUCCCCCGCACCGUCCGACCUGUUUGUCUGGAGCCGCCUCCGUCUCCCCUCGCCGCCGCCAGGUGUGCAGCGCUCACUUGUCCCGGGAGCCCGGACGUCCCGUAACUCUGCCAGCCCGCGCUCCUCGAAACCCCCACCUCCCUGGAGCCCCCGCCCUGCCGUGCGCCUCGGGGAGGGGACGCUGGCCACGGCGCAGGGAGCAUGGACUCGGGGCCGCGGGCGCUGUAGCAGACAGCGGGCACCAUGAAUGGGAACGGGGUGAACAGGGGGCCCGGGCACGGCCUGAACGGGGCCAGCGAGUUUUACUACGACGCCGUGGAAGGGGCCCAGAACCCCGGGGGCCUCCCGCUGUCGCCGGCCGCGUUCAUCAACCCGGCUCAGUACGCCAGCGUGCUCGAGGGGCGCUUCAAGCAGCUGCAAGAUGAGCGAGAAGCCGUGCAGAAGAAAACCUUCACCAAGUGGGUGAACUCGCACCUGGCCCGGGUGACGUGCCGGGUGGGAGACCUGUACAGCGACCUCCGGGAUGGGCGCAACCUCCUGCGGCUCCUCGAGGUGCUCUCUGGGGAGACACUGCCGAAGCCCACCAAGGGCCGCAUGCGGAUCCACUGCCUGGAGAACGUGGACAAGGCGCUGCAGUUCCUGAAGGAGCAAAAGGUGCACUUGGAAAACAUGGGCUCCCACGACAUCGUCGACGGCAACCACCGCCUGACGCUCGGGCUGGUCUGGACCAUCAUCCUGCGCUUCCAGAUCCAGGACAUCAGCGUGGAGACAGAGGACAGCAAGGAGAAGAAGUCAGCCAAGGACGCCCUGCUGCUGUGGUGCCAGAUGAAGACCGCGGGGUACCCCAAUGUCAACGUGCACAAUUUCACCACGAGCUGGAGGGACGGGCUGGCCUUCAACGCUAUCGUGCACAAACACCGGCCAGACCUGCUGGAUUUUGAGUCCCUGAAGAAGUGCAACGCACACUACAACCUGCAGAACGCUUUCAACCUGGCUGAGAAGGAGCUGGGGCUCACCAAGCUGCUGGAUCCUGAAGACGUGAACGUGGAUCAGCCUGAUGAGAAAUCCAUCAUCACCUACGUGGCUACCUACUACCACUACUUCUCCAAGAUGAAGGCCCUGGCUGUGGAAGGCAAAAGAAUUGGCAAGGUGCUGGACCACGCCAUGGAGGCCGAGCGCCUGGUGGAGAAGUACGAGUCCCUGGCCUCUGAACUGCUGCAGUGGAUCGAGCAGAUGAUCGUGACCCUCAAUGACCGCCAGCUGGCCAACUCCCUGAGCGGGGUCCAGAACCAGCUGCAGUCCUUCAAUUCCUACCGCACUGUGGAGAAGCCGCCCAAGUUCACUGAGAAGGGGAACUUGGAGGUGCUGCUGUUUACCGUCCAGAGCAAGCUGCGGGCCAACAACCAGAAGGUGUACACGCCCCGCGAGGGCCGGCUCAUCUCCGACAUCAACAAGGCCUGGGAGCGGCUGGAGAAAGCAGAACACGAGCGGGAGCUGGCCCUGCGCACGGAGCUGAUCCGCCAGGAGAAGCUGGAGCAGCUGGCCGCCCGCUUCGACCGGAAGGCCGCCAUGCGGGAGACCUGGCUCAGCGAGAACCAGCGCCUGGUGUCGCAGGACAACUUUGGGCUGGAGCUGGCGGCGGUCGAGGCCGCGGUGCGGAAGCAUGAGGCCAUCGAGACGGACAUCGUGGCCUACAGCGGCCGGGUGCAGGCGGUGGACGCCGUGGCCGCCGAGCUGGCCGCCGAGCGCUACCACGACAUCAAGCGCAUCGCCGCCCGGCAGCACAACGUGGCGCGGCUCUGGGACUUCCUGCGGGAGAUGGUGGCCGCCCGGCGAGAGCGGCUCCUGCUCAACCUGGAGCUGCAGAAGGUGUUCCAAGACCUGCUCUACCUCAUGGACUGGAUGGAAGAGAUGAAGGGCCGGCUGCAGUCCCAAGACCUGGGCAAGCACCUGGCGGGAGUGGAGGACCUGCUGCAGCUGCACGAGCUGGUGGAGGCGGACAUCGCCGUGCAGGCCGAGAGGGUGCGCGCCGUCAGCGCCUCCGCGCUGCGCUUCUGCACCCCGGGGAAGGAGUACAGACCCUGUGACCCGCAGCUGGUGCAGGAGCGAGUGGCGACCCUGGAACAGAGCUACGAGGCGCUGUGCGAGCUGGCGGCCGCCCGGCGGGCCCGCCUGCAGGAGUCGCGGCGCCUCUGGCGGUUCCUCUGGGAGGUGGGCGAGGCCGAGGCCUGGGUGCGGGAGCAGCAGCACCUCCUGGCCUCCGCCGAGACGGGCCGCGACCUGACCGGCGUCCUCCGCCUGCUCAACAAGCACGCGGCCCUGCGGGGCGAGAUGAGCGGCCGCCUGGGGCCCCUGAAACUCACCCUGGAGCAGGGCCAGCAGCUGGUGGCCGAGGGCCACCCCGGAGCCGGUCAGGCUGCAGCCCGCGCGGCCGAGCUCCAGGCCCAGUGGGAGCGGCUGGAGGCCCUGGCUGAGGAGCGCGCCCAGCGGCUCUCGCAGGCCGCCGGCCUCUACCAGUUCCAGGCAGACGCAAACGACAUGGAGGCCUGGCUGGUGGAUGCUCUGCGCCUGGUGUCCAGCCCCGAGGUGGGGCACGAUGAGUUCUCCACCCAAGCCCUGGCCAGGCAGCACCGGGCCCUGGAAGAGGAGAUCCGAGGCCACCGGCCCACGCUGGAUGCACUGAAGGAGCAGGCGGCGGCCCUGCCUGCCGCGCUGAGCCGCACGCCCGAGGUGCAGGGCAGGGUGCCCGCCCUGGAGCAGCACUACCAGGAGCUGCAGGCCCGGGCAGGCGAGCGCGCGCGCGCCCUGGAAGCAGCCCUGGCGCUCUACACCAUGCUCAGCGAGGCCGGGGCCUGCGGGCUCUGGGUGGAGGAGAAGGAGCAGUGGCUCAACGGGCUGGCCCUGCCUGAGCGCCUGGAGGACCUGGAGGUGGUGCAGCAGAGGUUCGAGACCCUGGAGCCGGAGAUGAACGCCCUGGCGGCGCGCAUCACCGCGGUGAAUGACAUUGCGGGGCAGCUGCUGGCCGCCAACCCGCCGGGCAAGGACCGCAUCGUCAGCACCCAGGAGCAGCUCAACCGCAGGUGGCAGCAGUUUCGGGCCCUGGCAGACGGCAAGAAGGCGGCGCUCACGUCGGCCCUGAGCAUCCAAAACUACCACCUGGAGUGCACCGAGACCCGGGCCUGGAUGAGAGAAAAGACCAAGGUCAUCGAGUCCACCCAGGGGCUGGGCAACGACCUGGCUGGGGUGCUGGCCCUGCAGCGGAAGCUGGCGGGCACCGAGCGGGACCUGGAGGCCAUCGCUGCCCGCGUCGGAGAACUGACCAGAGAGGCGAACGCCCUGGCCGCCGGCCAUCCAGCCCAAGCCUCCGCCAUCAACGCCCGCCUCGCAGAGGUGCAGACGGGCUGGGAGGACCUCAGGGCCACCAUGCGGCGUCGCGAGGAGUCGCUGGGUGAGGCGCGGCGGCUGCAGGACUUCCUGCGCAGCUUGGAUGACUUCCAGGCCUGGCUCGGCCGCACGCAGACCGCCGUGGCCUCCGAAGAAGGGCCGGCCACCCUGCCCGAGGCCGAGGCGCUCCUGGCCCAACACGCAGCGCUGCGGGGAGAGGUGGAGCGGGCCCGGGGCGAGUACAGCCGGCUGCGGACCCUGGGCGAGGAGGUGACCCGAGACCAGGCCGACCCCCAGUGCCUCUUCCUGCGACAGCGGCUGGAAGCCCUAGGAACCGGCUGGGAGGAGCUGGGCCGCAUGUGGGAGAGCCGGCAAGGCCGCCUGGCCCAGGCCCACGGCUUCCAGGGGUUCCUGCGGGAUGCUCGCCAGGCGGAGGGUGUGCUCAGCAGCCAGGAAUACGUUUUGUCGCACGCGGAGAUGCCGGGCACGCUGCAGGCCGCCGACGCCGCCAUCAAAAAGCUGGAAGACUUCAUGAGCACCAUGGACGCCAGCGGGGAGCGGAUCCGCGGGCUCCUGGAGGCCGGGCGCCAGCUGGUGUCCGAGGGCAACAUCCAUGCGGAGAAGAUCCGGGAGAAGGCAGACUCCAUCGAGAAGAGACACAGGAAGAACCAAGAAGCAGCGCAGCAGCUCUUGAGCCGCCUGCGGGACAACCGAGAGCAGCAGCGCUUCCUGCAGGACUGCCACGAGCUGAAGCUCUGGAUCGACGAGAAGAUGCUGACGGCCCAGGACGUGUCCUACGACGAAGCCCGCAACCUGCACACCAAGUGGCAGAAGCACCAGGCGUUCAUGGCCGAGCUGGCCGCCAACAAGGAUUGGCUGGACAAGGUGGACAAGGAAGGGCGGGAGCUGACCCUGGAGAAACCGGAGCUGAAGGCCCUGGUGUCGGAGAAGCUGGCCGACCUGCACAGGCGCUGGGACGAGCUGGAGACCACCACCCAGGCCAAGGCCCGCAGCCUCUUUGAUGCCAACCGAGCUGAGUUGUUUGCCCAAAGCUGUUCCGCCCUGGAGAGCUGGCUGGAGAGCCUGCAGGCCCAGCUGCACUCGGACGACUACGGCAAGGACCUCACCAGCGUCAACAUCCUGCUCAAGAAGCAGCAGAUGCUGGAGCGGGAGAUGGCCGUGCGGGAGAAAGAGGUGGAGGCCAUCCAGGCCCAGGCCAAAGCGCUCGCCCAGGAAGACCAGGGCGCAGGGGAAGUGGAGAGGACCUCCCGGGCCGUGGAGGAGAAGUUCAAGGCCCUGUGCCAGCCCAUGAGGGAACGCUGCCGGCGCCUGCAGGCCUCUCGCGAGCAGCACCAGUUCCACCGCGACGUGGAGGACGAGAUCUUGUGGGUGACAGAGCGGCUCCCGAUGGCGAGCUCCAUGGAACACGGCAAAGACCUGCCCAGCGUCCAGCUCCUUAUGAAGAAAAACCAGACCCUGCAGAAGGAGAUCCAGGGCCACGAGCCGCGGAUUGCAGACCUGACGGAGCGGCAGCGAGCUCUGGGCACCGCGGCGGCCGGCCCUGAGCUGGCUGAGCUGCAGGAAAUGUGGACGCGCCUGAGCCGCGAGCUGGAGCUACGCAGAAAGCGGCUGGAGGAGGCCCUGCGGGCUCAGCAGUUCUACCGGGAUGCCGCCGAGGCCGAGGCCUGGAUGGGCGAGCAGGAGCUGCACAUGAUGGGCCAGGAGAAAGCCAAGGAUGAGCCGAGCGCCCAAGCGGAGGUCAAGAAGCAUCAGGUGCUGGAGCAAGCCCUGGCCGACUACGCCCAGACCAUCCACCAGCUGGCAGCCAGCAGCCAAGACAUGAUCAACCAGGACCACCCCGAGAGCACGCGGCUGUCGAUCCGCCAAGCCCAGGUGGACAAGCUGUACGCCAGCCUGAAGGAGCUGGCGGGCGAGCGGCGGCAGCGCCUGCAGGAGCACCUGCGGCUGUGCCAGCUGCGCCGCGAGCUGGACGACCUGGAGCAGUGGAUCCAGGAGCGGGAGGUGGUGGCGGCCUCCCACGAGCUGGGCCAGGACUACGAGCACGUGACCAUGCUCCGGGACAAAUUCCGUGAGUUCUCCCGCGACACGAGCACCAUUGGCCAGGAGCGCGUGGACAGCGCCAACACGCUGGCCAACGGGCUCAUUGCCGGGGGCCACGCGGCGCGGGCCACCGUGGCAGAGUGGAAGGACAGCCUGAACGAGGCCUGGGCCGACCUGCUGGAGCUGCUGGACACGCGCGGUCAGGUGCUGGCCGCUGCCUACGAGCUGCAGCGCUUCCUGCACGGGGCUCGCCAGGCCCUGGCGCGGGUGCAGCACAAGCAGCAGCAGCUGCCCGACGGCACCGGCCGCGACCUCAACGCGGCCGAAGCCCUGCAGCGCCGGCACUGCGCCUACGAGCACGACAUCCAGGCCCUCAGCGCCCAGGUCCAGCAGGUGCAGGAUGACGGGCUCCGGCUGCAGAAAGCCUACGCCGGAGACAAAGCCGAGGAGAUCGGCCGGCACAUGCAGGCGGUGGCCGAGGCCUGGGCGCAGCUCCAGGGGAGCUCGGCCGCCCGCCGCCAGCUGCUGCUGGACACUACCGACAAGUUCCGCUUCUUCAAGGCCGUGCGGGAGUUGAUGCUCUGGAUGGAUGGGGUUAACCUGCAGAUGGACGCCCAGGAGCGGCCCCGGGACGUGUCCUCCGCGGAUCUGGUUAUCAAGAACCAGCAAGGCAUCAAGGCGGAGAUAGAGGCCAGAGCCGACCGCUUCUCGUCCUGUAUCGACAUGGGGCAGGAGCUGCUGGCCAGGAGCCACUACGCGGCGGAGGAGAUCUCGGAGAAGCUGUCCCAGCUGCAGGCCCGGCGCCAGGAGACGGCUGACAAGUGGCAGGAGAAGAUGGACUGGCUUCAGCUCGUUCUGGAGGUGCUCAUGUUUGGGAGAGACGCGGGGAUGGCAGAGGCCUGGCUGUGCAGCCAGGAGCCCCUGGUGCGGAGCGCGGAGCUGGGCUGUACGGUCGACGAGGUCGAGAGCCUCAUCAAGCGGCACGAAGCCUUCCAGAAGUCGGCGGUGGCCUGGGAGGAGCGCUUCAGCGCACUGGAGAAGCUCACGGCGCUGGAGGAGCGAGAGAAGAAGAGGAAGCAGGAGGAGGAGGAACGGCGGAAGCGGCCCCCUGCCGCCGAGCACCCGACAGGUCUGCCCACCGAGAGCCUGGGGGACGGCCAGACGCCUGCCGACGCUGCCUGGGACCGAGCUCAGCCGCAGCCGCCAGCACCCACACAGGCGCCCAGCGUGAACGGGGUCUGCACGGACGCCGAAGCCUCACAGCCCCUGUUGGCACAGCAGAGACUGGAGCCGGGCAGCUUCCCGGUAGGCCCUGGGGCUGGCGCGGGGGAUGAAGUCAACGGGCUGCAGGGAGAGCAGCAGGCCCGGCCCCGCGGCCCGGCCGCGCCCACACUGCCCCAGAGCAGGUCGUCGGAGGCCGCGCAGGCGGCCACCCUGCCGGCUCGUGGCCCGGAGCUCUCGGCCCAGGAGCAGAUGGAAGGCAUGCUAUGUCGCAAGCAGGAGAUGGAGGCCUUCGGCAAGAAGGCGGCCAACAGGUCCUGGCAGAACGUGUACUGUGUCCUGCGGCGCGGGAGCCUGGGCUUCUACAAGGACGCGAAGGCGGCCGGUGCGGGAGUGCCGUACCAUGGGGAAGUGCCCGUCAGCCUGGCCAGGGCCCAGGGCAGCGUGGCCUUUGACUACCGGAAGCGCAAGCAUGUCUUCAAGCUGGGCUUACAGGAUGGAAAAGAGUAUUUAUUCCAGGCCAAGGAUGAGGCGGAGAUGAGCUCGUGGCUGCGCGUGGUGAACGCGGCCAUUGCCGCCGCCUCCUCGGCCUCUGGAGAGCCGGAGGAGCCAGCAGCGCCCAGCGGCACUCGAGGCAUGACCCGGGCCAUGACCAUGCCCCCCGUGUCCCCGGCCGGGGCCGAGGGGCCCGUCGUGCUGCGCGGCAAGGAUGGCCGAGAACGAGAGCGAGAGAAGCGUUUCAGCUUCUUCAAGAAGAACAAGUAGCUGAGGGCAGGCGAGAUCCCGCCAGGCCAGCUCCCCUCCGCGUUCAGGAAACUGCCAGGACUGUCGACAGGGACCGCCCUCUCGUCAGGACAACUGCCUGCUGCUAGGGUUCGUUGCCAAGGCCAGCCCACCACCAGGGACUGUCACUUGGGACAAGCCCGUGUUCCCAGGAGCAGCCCUCUUCCGCUGUUUGACUCCAGACUGGUGGUGGGACCCAGGCAGCCCCCAAUCCUCCCUCCCACUCGCCCCUCUUCCCUCCGGCCCCACCUUAUGCCUCCACCCCCGCUGCCAUGCGGAUGACAUAGGCCACGGGGCAGGGGGCCGUGCGCCCCGGCCUCGCCACCCUUCUCCCACCACAGCUCCGGCAAGCCAUCCGCCACCCAGCUCCCUGCCCCUGGGGACCGGCCAGGACCCUCCCAGAGCUGAAGCAGGACCUGGGGGCGGGAGUGCCAGGUGACAGAGCCAGGGGAGUCCAGGUGCGCCCCUCCCCGCCCCUCCCCCUCGGACUCGAGUGGCCACUCCGUGUCUGGCUGCUGUCAGUGGCCUGCAGCCUUGAGUCUGGCCGAGGAGGGGAUUAAACAGCUCAGCCGCUUC